AUGGCGCGCUGCGAGCGGCUGCGCAGCGCGGCCCUGCGCGACUUGCUGGGCCAGGCGCAGGGCGUCUUGUUCGACUGCGACGGGGUGCUGUGGAACGGCGAGCGCACCGUGCCGGGCGCCCCCGAGUUGCUGCAGCGGCUGGCGCGGGCGGGCAAGACCACGCUUUUCGUGAGCAACAACAGCCGGCGCGCGCGGCCCGAGCUGGCGCUGCGCUUCGGCCGCCUGGGCUUCGCGGGGCUGCGCGCUGAGCAGCUCUUCAGCUCAGCGCUGUGUGCCGCGCGCCUGCUGUGCCAGCGUCGUCUGCCUGGGUCGCCCGACGCGCCGGGCACCGUGUUCGUGCUGGGCGGUGAGGGGCUGCGCGCGGAGCUGCGUGUGGCGGGGUUGCGCCUGGCGGGGGACCCCGGCGACGACGGCUCGCGCGUGCGCGCCGUGCUCGUGGGCUACGACGAGCACUUCUCCUUCGCCAGGCUGAGCGAGGCGUGCGCGCACCUGCGCGACCCCGACUGCUUCCUGGUAGCCACCGAUCGCGAGCCUUGGCACCCGCUCAGCGACGGAAGCCGGACCCCCGGUACCGGAAGCCUGGUUGCAGCCGUGGAGACAGCCUCAGGACGCCAGGCCCUGGUGGUGGGCAAACCCAACCCCUACAUGUUCCAGUGCAUCGCCGAAGACUUCAGUGUGGACCCCACCCGCACCCUGAUGGUGGGUGACCGCCUGGAGACCGACAUCCUCUUUGGCCACCGCUGUGGCAUGACCACCGUGCUCACACUCACAGGGGUCUCACGCCUCGAAGAAGCCCAGGCUUACCUGGUAGCUGGUCAACAUGACCUUGUGCCUCACUGCUACGUGGAGAGCAUUGCAGACUUGAUGGAGGGGCUGGAGGACUGAACCCACCUCCCCCAUUCCCCGAUCCCGUAGAUGGAGGCGGGCCAUGAGUCACAUUCGGCAACAUGAGCUGCCUGGCCCAGGUGUCUCCCCCAGUGAAGGGAAGCUGGAAUCCAGGAAGGUUUGUGGGCCCUCAUACCCCUCCCAGCAGUGGCUGGACACGCUGCUGUUCAGAAGCUGUCCCUCCACAUCUUGAAGGUUCACCCUGGCCUGAGCCCACCUGGGGUCACCUCCCCUUCUUGAAAAUGUGUGUGUGUGUGUGUGUGUGUGUGUGUGUGUGUGUGUGUGUAUAUAUAUAUAUAUAUAUAUAUAUAUAUAUAUAUAUAUAUAUAUAUUGGACCUCGAAACCACAUGAAAAAUUUCUCCAACCCUGAGUACUUAAUUAAGUUCCUUCCCUUCCCUGGGAUCUGUAAUGCUCUGUCCUUAGGUCCUUGUUGACCAAUCAGAAGUCUAGGAAACUCCAGCUAUUAACAGCCUAUAAAGGAAAGCUGCCAGUAGUGACUGACAUGUUAGUGUCUCACAGUGGGCCCUCAGUGGACCAAGUAGGAGCUUAAAGACCACUUUGCAGGGGCUGGAGAGAUGGCUCAGAGGUUAAGAGCAUUGCCUGCUCUUCCAAAGGUCCUGAGUUCAAUUCCCAGCAACCACAUGGUGGCUCACAACCAUCUGUAAUGCGGUCUGGUGCCCUCUUCUAGCCUGCAGGUAUACACACAGACAGAAUAUUGUAUACAUAAUAAAUAAAUAUUAAAAAAAUAGAACACCUUGCAUAUCCUAGAGCCCUAGAGCACCAGUCAGAAGGCUAAGUGACAUUGACCUCUGGAUGUCCAUCAGGACAACAAUGACCCACUGGCCUCUUAGAUCCCAAAGAGAACAAUCUACAAGUCUGCGACAUGGUGGCUUUUCGAUAAUCCUGGGCUGACUGGAUCAGCCAGGAGACCAGGUCCUAGGAGGGCAGGGUGAUGAAUGCCUGUACUUAUAGCACUUGGGAGGCUGAGGCAGGAGGAUUGCUCUGAGUUUGGUGACCUGGGUAAGACCUCAUUUCAAAAAGACCAACUUGAAAGUCAGCCUCCUCCAGGAACUGAUCCGUGGGCCCUCUGUGACCCUGGGUGGGAUGGAUGGUCGCCCCAGCUUGGAAGGGGCCCUUGUGUCCCGCCCCUUGAAGUCAGUGUUUGCUGUGCCACCUCUCCAGCUGCUCAUUCCCAGCGACGUGAUUGUUUGUAUUUAUUGUGCGCCAGUGGAGAUGGGGGCGGGGUGGGACCUUCCCGCCACCUCCAGCCUCGUAACCAGUCCUUGAACUUAAUAAAAUGUAAGUGGGAGUGUCUGUA